AUGCUCAGAGCUGUAUUCAACAAAAAGGCGGGCAGUAGACUCGGAUGCAGGUUCUUCUCCAGAGAGGCCACACCUUACGACCAGACCAUCAACAACCUUCGCCUAAGCAAGGACACCAAGGUCAUCAUUCAAGGUUUCACAGGCAGGCAAGCCACGUUUCACGCCAAAUUGUCCCAAGAAUAUGGAACUAACAUCGUUGGCGGGACAAACCCCAAAAAGGCCGGCCAAACUCACUUGGGCCAGCCCGUCUUCGCCUCUGUCGCAGAGGCUGUGAAGCAAACUGGCGCUACUGCGUCGGGAAUAUUCGUUCCUCCUCCGAUCGCUGCAAAGGCCAUCCAAGAGGCCGUGGAAGCUGAGAUUCCUCUGGCGGUUUGCAUUACCGAAGGUAUUCCACAACACGACAUGCUAUACAUUGCGGAAAUGCUAAAAUCCCAAUCCAAGACUCGUCUUGUGGGCCCCAACUGCCCCGGUAUCAUGUCCCCAGAGGGCCGCGUCCGCAUCGGUAUUCAGCCAUCCAAGAUCUUCACCCCAGGUAAGAUCGGUAUUGUGUCCAAGUCUGGUACCUUGACCUACGAAGCCGUGCAACAAACCACCAUCACCGGUCUAGGUCAAUCUCUAGUCAUUGGUAUCGGUGGUGACGCUUUCCCAGGUACCGACUUCAUUGACGCGCUAAAGUACUUCAUGAACGAUCCUGCCACUGAAGGUAUCGUGAUGUUGGGUGAAAUUGGUGGCAAAGCCGAGAUCGAGGCUGCCGAGUUCUUGAAGGAAUACAACAUGAAGCGUUCCACCCCAAUGCCUGUUGCCUCUUUCAUCGCUGGUACCGUCGCUGGCCAAAUGAAGGGUGUUAGAAUGGGUCACUCCGGUGCUAUCGUUGAGGGCUCAGGUACCGACGCUGAGUCCAAGAAGGCCGCUUUGAGAGAAGCUGGUGUCACUGUUGUAGAAUCUCCAGGUCGUUUGGGUGAAGCUUUGGUAAAGCAAUUUGCUCAAUUGUAA